AUGACGACAAACACCUCUCACACAGCCUACAUAAAGAAGUGCCUCACCCUAGCCGAAAAAUCACCACCACGCCCAACAAAUUUCCGAGUCGGCGCCCUCCUCCUCUCCCGCAAAGACAACGACCCAACCUUCUCAGACGACCGCAUCCUCUCAACGGGGUACACAAUGGAACUAGCAGGCAACACACACGCCGAGCAAUGCUGUUUCUCAAACUACGCAGCCGUACACAAUGUGCCAGAUGACCAAGUCAGCACAGUCCUCCCCGCUGAGCCAGGCCGCAUGCUCAUCAUGUAUGUAACGAUGGAGCCGUGCGGGAAACGGCUGUCUGGGAAUGUGCCGUGUGCGCAGCGCAUUGCGCGGACGACGGAGGGGGGUAGAGAGGGGGUUCAUAAGGUUUAUUUUGGGGUCAAGGAGCCUGAGACUUUUGUGGGUGAGUCUGAGGGGUGUAGGAUGUUGACUGAGGCGGGGAUUGAGUGGGAGCAUGUUUCUGGGUUGGAAAGGGAGAUUUUAACCGUUGCUACUGCUGGUCAUGAGAAUGGCGAGGAGGAGGUUCGGGCUACUCUUGGUGAGAAGGGGACUGAUAUUGAUGAUAUUAGUCCCGAGGAGAGGAGGAGGCAGGAGGAGGCUCCGAGGAAUCCGAAGAAGAGGAUGAUGGAAGGGGAGAUUUCUCUCUAUUGA